GUUGUUGGACAGGAAGCAGGUUCCAGGAGAUCGAAGAGUAGAUGACAUCAGUCUAAGUUUUAAAGUGGGGAGAUAAGCAUUAUUUAGGAAAUUUUCAAAGGGAGGUCGAGAUAAGCUUUGUUUAGAUAUUAACUGCCACAAAAAAUAUUCAUGGGUUUAAUUGGCCACAGGCUGAGGAGAUUCAUACGAAGUAGCUUCCGACCCAUACAACAAUCAAAAGCAAGCACUUGGGAUAGAAGACUAGGUUUACUUUACAUUUUCUUUGCAUGGAAUGCAUGUGGUGCUGUUAUAUAUUUCGCAGCUACAGGAAGAGCAGACUGGGCAAAAUAUUAUGGAGUAAAGCCCGAACAAGACCCUGAUCCCUCACCAGCCCAUUUCUUUGCUAGAAAGUUAGGAGUUGAAAAGUCCAAGAUAAUCAAUGUUAAAGGUUUUGAUUACCAUUCUGCUGAGUUAACCAAACAAGAACUAGAAAAAAUUGCACAAGACAGAUCUUCGAAAGAAAAAUCAACAGAAAUGUAACAUUUAGUUUAAUUUCUGUCGUUAGUUUCAGAUGUGUAUGAAAUUAUGUACAGUUGUAGCCAAUUAAAGAUUGCAAAAGUAAUAUGAGCUAAA